AGCAAGUGUUGGGUAGAGUUGCUAGGUUAUUCGCACUAACGGAAAUGCAGAAAGAGAAGAUAAAUCGGGCAUCCCGUUUUCCGCUUUAUUUUAUUUAUGACAGUUUUUUGCAUAUAUCAAUUUGUUUCAAACGUAAGCUGAAAGCGAAUCGUGUUUUUUAUAUUAUACUCGUCUUGUUUUUAUUAUAUUUAUUGUUUAGAAGGAGCACCUUAUCUGAUCGAGAGGAUACAAAUGCUCAGAAAUUUAGCAAUAUAUUAACAAAUCCUAACGGAGAAAAUGUCAAAAUCCUAGCACAUGCUGAUGAUGCUCAUAAAAUAAUUCAAAAUAAAAAUAUUGAUCAGCCAGAAUCAUUGAGUGAUUUGAAAACUGAUGGAGUACAAGAAUUUAAGAACGGCAAAGCUAAUUCUGGACGUAGCCAUUCCAAACAAGAUUUGAAAGAAUUGAAACUUCAGGGCGGGGAAUUUAAACAAGAUGGCGGAGAAAGUGAAGAUGAUAUUGAAACAUUCAUGCAAAAUGACGUCAUCAAUAACGAUAACGCUGGUGAAUCAGAAGGCAACGAUGACAAACUGCACUCAAAAAUCAAUCAAAAUCCUCAAGCCGUUCUGAUCCCAAACCAAGAUGGCGGACUGAAGUCUAAACCAAUCGUUAAUCCGCACAACUAUCAGCUGUUAUUGAAUAAUGACCGUAUAUGCGGUAAAGGAGACCAAGUAUGGUUGUUCAUCGCCGUGUUAUCGUCGGCCGACCACUUCGAGGCUCGCAACGCCAUACGCCGCACGUGGGGCAGCGGCCAGUCGCUGGCGCCGCUCAGGGCGAGGCUUGCGUUCUUCUUAGCCGCCCCUCAGCAGGCACUUGUCCAGCGACAGAUAGAGUCUGAAGCAGAGACCUACGGAGACAUAAUUCAGGAGGACUUCAGAGACACCUACCUGAACCUGACGCUGAAAUCAGUCAUGGCUCUGAAGUGGGCUCAGUCGCACUGCGUUCAGGCUCAAUAUUUCAUGAAGACCGACGACGACAUUUACGUGAACGCGCCUAAAUUGAUGGCGUUUUUACGUGAACUGAGCAGAACGCGAGACGAUUACAUAGUAGGCUGUAUCAAGCAGAAAAAAUCCUUUGCUCCUGUGCAUUUACCGAACGACUUUCCGAUGCCUCCAGCGCAUCCACUCUUCACUGCCGGCGCUGGGUACGUCUUAACGGGCUCACUGGUACCAUUAAUGUACCGUGCGUCUCUACACGUGCCCCUCGUGCCCGUGGAGGACGUGUACGUGACGGGCCACUUGGCACGGGCCGUUGGGGUACAUCCGCCCCUACACCACCGCGCCUUCUCCUGCGGCGAGCUCCUGCCUGAUGACUGCGACGUCAUGCAGGUUUUCACGGGCCACAAAAUCACGCCACAAAGAAUGCUGGAAAUUUGGGCAAAAAUCAACCCGCAGGAAUACAACAACAGUCCCUGUUUCGACUUCUGAAUCUCUAUUUGUCUUCGAAUAAGUAAAUGACUCGUAAUUUCUUUAUAAAUUGAAUGAUCACGUGAAUUGAAUUCACUAAUUUAAACUAAUAGAUUAAAAAAAAUGGAAUACGAACAGUCUGAAAAACAUCGAAGCGAGGCGAAAAAGUAUAGUAGCGCAAUUUUUCUCAGCAGCUGCUAUUAUUUAGCACGAAAAAAAAUUACCGUAAAAGACGCAACACAAGAGACACAAACUAUAGACAGAGCGCAUCUAAGACCAGCACUAACUCGAGCACCAACCAAACAUUUGUCUCUCCCAAAAAUCGCCCUCUCAGGGCUCAUGCAUCCGCCUCAUAAAACUACGGCUGUGUUUAUACGUUUUUUUUGUAAGCUAUUUGGUAGCUUGGACCGAGAGCUUCGGGUGAGCUUUGCAAGUUCUUUGUGUGAGUAAUUCAAGAACCUUAUGUGCGUGUGUGGAGUUGGUUAAAAUUCAUAAAAAUAUUGUUCCUUAUAUAUUGAUAAUAGUUUAGUUUUGGAAGCGUUUUUGCCUGGUCUGUAAAAAUAACCGCUCGACAAUCUCUAGCUGGAACAAUUGCUCGGUUAAUUGUUUCGUAUCGAGGCUUCUUGAAGUCGUUAAUUGAAAUUAAUCGAAAUUAAUGUGUGUGUGAAAUAUUUUUUAAUUCU